UGGCUCCUGGCUCCAAUAAACCCGGGCUAAGAGCGCCCUGGGCUCGCCUCCUUCUCCAAGGCGAUCAAUAGGAUCUCAGGCGCACUACAAGCACUCUCUUACGUAGACAUCCACCAAGGAGAGAGCCGAUACAACAACACGGUUGAUCUGCUCAAACACAAAAAUCUACCUGCUUUCUGAAUCAUGUCGUUGAGCCCAAAGCACACAACGCCUUUUUCAGUGACAGAUAUUUUGAGUCCAAUCGAGGAGACCUACAAGAAGUUUAGUGGCAUGGACGGCGCAGGGAACCUAACCUCUCCACUGGGAGCCUACCGACAGCCUCAGGUGUCUCAGACCGGCAUGCAACAGCACUCCAUGGGCCAUAACGCCACCGUGGCCACCACUUACCACAUGCCGCACACCGUCUCCCAGUUCUCCCACAGCGCAAUGGGGGGAUACUGCAAUGGAAGCAUUGGCAACAUGGGAGACCUUCCGUCGUACCAGGAAAGCAUGCGGAAUAGUGCAGCAGCAACAGGGUGGUACAGCGCCAACCCAGACCCAAGAUACUCCACAAUUUCUAGAUUCAUGGGACCUUCCACAGGUAUGAACAUGACCGGCAUGGGGAGUCUCACAGGAAUGGCGGACGCCACCAAAGCCAUGCCAGUUCUGCACGCUGCGCCCAGACGGAAACGGCGCGUCCUGUUCUCGCAGGCUCAGGUUUACGAGCUCGAGAGGAGGUUUAAGCAGCAGAAAUACCUGUCGGCGCCUGAGAGGGAGCACCUGGCCAGCAUGAUCCACCUGACGCCGACCCAGGUGAAGAUCUGGUUUCAGAACCACCGGUACAAGAUGAAGCGCCAGGCCAAGGACAAGGCAGCGCAACAGCUGCAGCAGCAGCAGCAACAGGACGGUAACCUGUGCCAACAGCAGGCGCAGUCCCCGAGGCGCGUAGCCGUGCCUGUUCUGGUGAAGGACGGUAAACCGUGCCAGAACGGCUCGAAUACGCCGACGCCGAACCAGCAACAGGUACAACAGAAUCAACAACAAAGCCAACAACAGAACGGAGCCGGAGUCGUGCUCGCAUCCUCGACCGGCAGCCUCAGCCAGCAUCAAAGCCAGCAGCAGGUGAACGCUUUGGAGCUGGAAGAGAUGUCGCCCAGCCCCCCCUCACUGCACAGCCAGCUCAACAUGGCCCAGAUAGACACAUCUGCUGUAGAUUACACCAGUAACAUGGUCAGCUCAAACCUCCUCUACGGCAGAACGUGGUAGGACCUAAUACAGUACUGUCACUUUCCACUUUUUCUAUGUGAACCUGCGGAUGAGCCCAUGCAAAAGCAGCAAAAGCACACCAU